AUGUGGAAAAUGUUUGUAAGCAUUUCUAAUCUUUAUGAACAUCAGUACACUCAUAGAAGGGAGAAGCCAUUUUCAUGUUCAGAAUGUGGGAAAUGUUUUAACCAGAAAUCAGCUCUUGUUAAACAUAAAAGAAUUCACACAGAGGAGAAGACAUUUUUAUGUUUAGAAUGUGGGAAAUGUUUUGCUCUAAAAAGAUAUUUGCUUACGCAUCAAAGAACUCACACAGGGGUAAAGCCAUUCUCAUGUUUAGAAUGUGGAAAAUGUUUCAACCGUAAAUCAGACCUUGUUAAACAUCAAAGAACUCACACAGGGGAGAAGCCAUUUUUAUGUUUAGAAUGUGGAAAACGUUUUUCUGUAAAAAAAUGUCUGGUUACACAUCAAAGAACUCACACAGGGGAGAAGCCAUAUUCAUGUUCAGAAUGUGAGAAAAGUUUUAACCAAAAAUCAGCUCUUAUUACACAUCGGCGAAUUCACACAGGGGAGAAGCCAUAUUCAUGUUCAGAAUGUGGGAAAUCUUUUCCCCGGAAAUACCAUCUUGUUACACAUCAAAAAACUCACACAGGGGAGAAGCCAUAUUUAUGUUUAAAAUGUGGAAAAUCUUUUCCCCGGAAAUCACAUCUUGUUAGACAUCAAAAAGUUCACAAAAGAGAGAUGCCAUCUUCAUGUCUAGCUAGUUACUGACUGCCACAUGUGUUUUACAGUGGUCACUAACUAGCUUUAUUCUGAUAGAUGCGCUUUUUUAUGUUGGUGCAUCGAAAUAAAACAGCACCUUGCUUUCAGCUACCAGAGGUAGCUGAGGGUUUGGCCCAAUAAUCGGAGGCUGCUAUGAGAGGUCCCUGAACACAAAUGAUCUCCUGUAUUGAAUGGAUACCAGUGAUCAACCGUAAAAUACAGUUAAAAGUGAAUCACCUUUCACUGAAAAUGUUCAUCAAAUGGAGAAAAAAAUAAAUGAACCUCAAGCCUCUGAUUGGUAUGGGGACUUCCCUUCAUUCCUGUAAAAGCCACAAAUACAGGGGCUUAUGGGACAGUCAAAAAAUAGAGCUGGAUUCCCACAACAACUAGUGUCCAAGCAGGUUGAAAAACAGGCUACAUUCGCACUAGCACUUUAUUUUUUUAAUCAUUUUUAUUAGUUUUCUUUAUAACACAAAAUACAAAGAUAGAAAAGAAAAACAAUACCUUCCAGGGUGAAUUUUACAUAAACUCCCUUUUGGGUAUACAUAUAUAGUAAAACCAAUACAAUAAUACUAUUACAUAUUACAAUACCUAUGUGUAAACACCCCCCUCCCUUCAUUGUCUCGGGGGGCCUGGCCAGAGUGUUAUUUUUCUCCCCCAGUCCCCCGCCUUUACCUCCAGAACAUAUUUUAAAACAUGGAUGGAAGAGAAAUGCCUGAUUUAUUGUGCCAUGUGUCCAUCAAAACCAGGCCUUUGUUAUUACCUUUGAAACAUACCACACAAUAAUUAUUAAUUUUAUGUAACUUUUAGGGAAUGCCAAAAGGGUUGUGGGGUGAGGAAAUCAAUUUACUUAUAAUUUCUGUUAGUUUUUAUUGUCUGUUACUGGGAUGUCUGCUGCCUGGAUAACUAUAAUUGUUACGAAAAAGGGUGGGCUGUGGGGAAUUGGGAGCCAACGUACUCAAAUUUUCUUUUUAGUUUGUGUUGUUACUGGGUUCUCCAUUACUGGACUGUCCGUAAUUAUAAAUUUUAUUGAAGUUUUAGGGAACAC